CGCAGCCUGCAGUUCCUGGACGAAGUCUGACAGGGACACCAGCAUAAGCCGAGGGAUGCAGUACCAGUGGGCUGAAUAUGAUUCUCUGCCAGUAGGGGUGGUUCGACUGGAAACUCAAAGGCCUGAUAAUGGCAAAACCUAUGUCAUGUACCACGGCACUACCCGAAGGAAUGCUUUAAGCAUCACGAUCUCAGGUUUUCGACAGUCUGCAGACGGGAUGCUUGGUCGCGGGAUCUACCUCAGCAGAGACCUGCAGAAAGCGAGUCGCUACCCCCUGAACCACCCCGAGCAUGACAGGGUCGUCCUAAAGGUUACGGUCAACGUGGGAAAAGUGAUUGCCAUCAACUAUCAGGGCCACCCACUUCAGAAGAAUUGGCAUGACUACGGAUACGACACCGCCUGGGUGCCUCCCAACUGUGGAAUGGUGAAUAGUGGCUUACAGGAGAACUGUGUCUGGGAUCCUGAACGAAUCCAGAUCAUCAAAGUUGUCAAACCCAAGCCAUACCAGUGGGCUGAAGAUGACUUUCUGCCAGUAGGGGUAAUCCGACUGGAAACUGAAAGUCCUGAAAACAACAAAACCUAUGUCAUGUACCAUGGCACCACCAACGCGAAUGCUUCAAGCAUUCGGUCCUCAGGUUUUCGACAGUCUGCAGACGGGAUGCUCGGUCGCGGCGUCUACCUCAGCAGAGACCUGCAGAAAGCAAGCCGCUACCCCCUGGAAGAACCUGAGCAUAACAGGGUCGUCCUAAAGGUUAAGGUCAACGUGGGAAAAGUGAUUGCCAUCAACCGUCAGCGCCACCCACAUCAGAAGAACUGGCAUGACUACGGAUACGACACCGCCUGGGUGCCUCCCAACUGUGGAAUGGUGAAGAGCGGCUUGGAGGAAAAUUGUGUCUGGGAUCCUAAACGGAUCCAGAUCAUCGAAGCCCUGAAACCAACGCCAGUGCCACAUUACCGUGGAUGUGGUGCAUAUGGCUACAAGUAAACUCCACAAGCGGUUACAGAUUUAUUUUGUCUGUUCAAAUGUAUUUUUAUAUAUUUGGAUAAAAAAUAAAAUUAUACUAAAUUUUGUAAUUGCAUCACUUUUACAUAGAAAAUAAAUGUGUCAUAAAUCUGA